GUUCUCUAACAAAAUGUAAUAUCUCUAGUACUAAAAAACAAAAAACUCGUCAAGUGGUUGUGACAAGAUAAGUAAUAUGCGUACACAAAUAUUCACCGGCAUUGCUUAUAUAUCCCUCCCACAAAUUAAACCUCUCUAUUCUAAUACUGAAAGAGUUAAUAAAGAAUGGCAACAAUAGCUACUAGUGGUGUGAGUCUUUCAAGCCCUAGCACAGUACUUGCUAUGAAAUCAGACUCAGCACAAAAGGCCCAGGCCAUGAGCUUCCCAGCUCUGUUCAGGCCCAUUCAAAAGUGGCCCGGUUUGGUGAAGGCCCGGCCCGUUUGGGCCACGCCGGAGAAGAUAUCGGAGAAGGUGGAGGAGAGCAUCAAGAGCGCGGAGGAGGCGUGCUCGGGAGCUGGCGGCGACGCAGAGUGCGCGGCGGCGUGGGACGAGGUGGAGGAGCUGAGCGCGGCGGCGAGCCACGCCAGGGAGAAGCAGAAGCAAUCUGACCCGCUCGAGAACUACUGCAAGGACAACCCGGAGACCGAUGAGUGCCGCACCUAUGAUAACUGAACUCAUGCAUUUCAACGUUUCAAUGUAUAUCUAUUAUUCUACCUUCUGUUACAUCAGAGACACCAUGUAUUAUUAUUAUUAAUUAAUUCUUAUUCAUAGUAAGAAUAUAUAAUUCAAAAACUGAAUCACUCGUA